UGACCCUAAAUUUAUAAAUACUAGUUUACAUGCAUGUAAUGCGUAUGAAAAUAUGUAUAAAAUUAAUUUUUUUAAUUAUAUCUAAUAAAUUAGAGAUUUUUGAAUGGUUAACUGUUUUCUCUUUAUAAUGUUUUUUUUAAAUAUUUUUCUUUUUUUAAUUAAUUAAGUAGUUUUUUUUUAUUUCUACUUUUUCUAUUUUUUAAUUAAAGUAAGUAGUUAUUAUAAUUUUUUUUUCUAUUUCAUAUUCAUCAAACAUUCUUCAAUUUCUCUCCUCCUCAAUCAAUAACACAUAAUUCUCAUCUAAUUAAAAAUCACACCAAGAACAAGAAGUAAUCAUAAUAAUCAAUGGGGUUACCAUUGCCAUUGGCGAAGGAAACAUUAGGAGAGAGAGUGAUUUUCAUGAAAGAAUCACUUUCCAAAAGCCAAACCAUUACAGAUAGCAUGGUUUCCAUUCUUGGUUCCUUUGAUCAUCGUCUCUCUUCCCUCGAAACUGCUAUGCGCCCUACUCAGAUAAGGACACAUUCUAUUAGGAGAGCGCAUGAUAAUAUUGACAAGACAUUGAAGGCGACUGAGCUUGUUUUGGAUCAAUUUGAUCUUUCUCGCAAGGUUGAGGCUAAAAUAUUGAGAGGGCCUCAUGAAGAUUUGGAAAGUUACCUUGACGCUAUUGAUCAGUUGAAAGGUGUUGUUGUUUUUUUCAGCGGUAAUAAAACUUUCAAGAGUAAUGACAGUGCUCUCACCCGCUUCAGCAACUUACUUUCUAAAGCCAUUGCAAAGCUAGAAGAUGAGUUUAAGCAGAUUUUAAUGUCUCACAGCAAACCUGUUGAACCUGAUUGUCUUUUUGAUUGCCUUCCCAACUCAUUACGGCCUAACUCAACAACAGCUAGUCAAGGAGAUGCUGCUUCUGCUGAGAAUGAUAAAAGCACGGAAAAUGCAGCAUAUAAGACUCUUGAUCUUGUUCCUCCUCGUGUUUUACCUUUGCUCAAUAAUUUGGCCUCUCAAAUGAUUCAGGCUGGCUAUCAACAGCAAAUUCUCAGUACUUAUCGGGAAACACGGUCAGCUGUUAUGGAAAUAACACUUAGAAAACUUGGGGUGGAGAAACUUUCUAAAGAAGAUGUACAAAAAAUGCAGUGGGAGGCUUUGGAAGCAAAGAUUGGGAACUGGAUACAUUACAUGCGUAUAGCUGUUAAACUGCUGUUUUCUGCAGAAAAGAAAGUUUGUGAUGAGAUAUUUAAAGCUAUCGAAUCUAUCAGAAUAUUAUGUUUCGCUGAAGUUACUUCAGGUUCUGUGUCUACGCUCCUUAGUUUUGGGGAUGCAAUUGCCAGAAGUAAGAGAUCCCCAGAAAAAUUAUUUGUUCUCUUGGACAUGUAUGAGAUAAUGAGAGAACUUCAGCCAGAGAUAGAAACUAUUUUUGAAGGUAAGCCUUGCACCGAAAUGAGGGAAGCUGCAGCAAGCUUGACAAAAAGACUGGCACAGACAGCCCAAGAGACAUUUGGUGAUUUUGAAGAAGCAGUUGAGAAGGAUGCCACAAAAACAGCUGUGAUGGAUGGAACUGUGCAUCCACUGACUAGCUAUGUGAUCAACUACGUGAAGUUUUUGUUUGAUUAUCAGUCCACUCUGAAGCAACUUUUCCAGGAAGUCAGUGGAGAAGAUACAGGAGCACAGUUGGCAGUGAUCACAACUCGCAUAAUGCAAGCACUCCAGACUAAUCUGGACGGAAAAUCCAAGCAGUAUAAAGAUACUGCUUUGACUCAGCUGUUUCUUAUGAACAACAUCCACUACAUUGUUCGAUCAGUUCGGAGGUCGGAAGCAAAAGACCUACUGGGAGAUGAUUGGGUUCAGCGACAUCGGAGGAUUGUCCAACAGCAUGCAAAUCAGUACAAGAGGAUUUCCUGGUCUAAGAUUCUUCAAUAUCUCUCUGUCCAACCUGCUGGUUCCUCUGGGAGUGGGGCUGCUACACCUGAUGCCACUCCAGCGCUUCCUAGGGCAAUGGUAAAAGAAAGAUUCAAAAACUUCAAUAUUCAAUUCGAGGAACUUCAUCAAAGACAAUCUCAAUGGACUGUUCCUGAUAGUGAAUUGCGUGAGUCUCUGAGGUUGGCUGUAGCUGAGGUCUUAUUGCCUGGAUAUCGAAAUUUCUUUAAACGUUAUGGGCCAAUGAUAGAGGGUGGGAAGAACCCUCAGAAGUACAUCAGAUUCAGUGCGGAGGAUCUUGAUCGCAUGUUAAAUGAAUUUUUCGAGGGUAAAAACUGGGGUGAACAGAAGCGAUAGGUGCCUAGAAAUUAUUAGCUUUGUUGUAUAGCAUUUUAAUCUGCAUUCUUUUUCUAACUUUUUUCCACUCUCUGAUGGCUUAAUAAGUUGGAAUUCUGCAUCAUCUCAGGAAUAGAAAUUUCCUUAGUUUGAGUUUGGCUAACUUUGGCGCAAUUCUUAUUCGAGCUAUUCCAGUCAGUUAUACGUUUCUGGAGUUUGAGAAGUGAAUAAACUUUUGUAUAACUGCAUAAUGUAGAGUUUGAGUAGCCAUGUCCUUUUAACACAAGGCAAGAUCUGAUUUUGAUCAGUGCUUCAUAGUCAUAGUCAUCUAUGUUGCUCAGACACGGAUUGAUUGUCUCGAAUAUGGGUGUCCAAGUGUCCGACUCGGCUAUUUUGUAGAAAAAAGACAAGUUUUUAGUUUAAAAUGAAGUAUCCAAGUAAAGUGUCGUGUUGGACACGACACGACACGGCACCCGGUUUUUGAGGUAAAUGAAGGUGUCGGAGUAACAUAGAUAGUCGUAGUCCUAGUUCAUAUGCAGAUAUGCUGUAC